AUGGAAGAAUCACAGGAAAGCCACCUAUCCAACCACCUAGAUGAAAUUGUUGCUGCUGUCAGCAUCACUCCGGGAAACAAGACCCAAAGCAGCCUGCCCCAGACACUGCUGUUCCAGGCUCCGCGCGAGAAGCUGCAGAUCUGCGAAGAGAAGGCACGGGCCUGCUCCAGCAGCGGGGAGUACAGGCAGGCUGUUCAUGAGCUGGUGCGCUGUGUGGCACUGACGAGGAUCUGCUAUGGUGACUCCCAUUGGAAACUUGCAGAGGCAUACGUCAGUCUGGCUCAAGGAUACCUCCAGCUGAAAGGUCUGUCACUGCAAGCGAAGCAGCACGUGGACAAAGCCAAGGAGAUCCUCGCCACCUCCUUCGGGCCUCCGUACGCCGACAACACAGAUGUUUUCAAGUGCUCUGUGGAGCUCUUCCACACCAUGGGGAGAGCCUUACUCUCCCUGAAAAAAUUUGACGAGGCUACAGAGAACCUGGAAAAAGCCGAGAGACUCUCAAAGGAACUGCUGCAAUAUGGAAGGAUCAUUAAGGAGGAGUGGGUGGAGAGCCAGGCGCGGAUCAAGUGGUCGAGAGCACAGGUAUAUCAAGGUCAAAAGAAGUUAAAAGAAGCUUUGCUCCACUACCAAGAGGCUUUGGGAUAUACUGAGAGCAGCAAAGGUGAAAAAAGUCUCGAGUGUGUGCCCUUGCUGAGGGAACUAGCUGGUGUGGAGCAAGCCCUGGGGCUUCACGAGGCGGCCAUCAGCCAUCUCUUACAGGCACAUCUCAUCGUCCUGGGUGAAGACCUCCCUCAAGAGGAAACAGCCGACUCCGCGCACUUUGUCGCCCACGCUGCUGCUGCUUCCAAGAAGCCUGUGUUCCAAGAAGUGGCUGAGCAGCAUUUUCAAGAGUGCAUGUCUCGUCUUAAGGACUGCAAUGACAGCGCAAGAGCCAAAUUUCUCUCGGUUCAAGAUGAAUUUUGUCAUUUUCUGCAAAUCGUUGGACAAAAAGAGAGAGCCAUGGCCAUCCUGAGAGAAUCCCUUGAAGCCAAGGUGUCCCUGUUUGGGGACUUCAGUCCAGAAGUGGCAGAGACAUACCGGCUGCUGGGCGGUGCAGACCUGGAGCAGGGGAACCACCGCGUCGCCCACAAGGCUCUGAAAAAGUGCCUCCACAUUCAGACGCUCCUAUAUGGACCACACGACAAGAGAACCCUGGCCACCCAGCAGACUGUGGAUGUCCUGUCCAAGGUCCCUGAGGUCGCUGGGAAGUGCAGGCAGACUCCAAAAGCCAAAGUGGCCUUCAACACCAGUGUCCCUCGGUACACCGCGCUGGGGAAGGGCAGACCCAGUGCAGCCAACUGAGACCCCGUCCCCAAGAUGGCUCUGGGUGGGCUUGGGUGCUGCCCUUGGAAGGUGGCACCAGAUGGGAAAUGUGGACUUUGCAGGCCAGCCCUGGGCUCUUGUGCCCCCAGGCCUUUGGUGACCUGAAGCUGCCAGGAGGCAUUUCUCUAUCAUUUCCAUUGUCUUUCUGAUCAGCAAGGAUCUUCGCCCUAUCAGCACCACCCAGGCCAGAAGACUUCUCUUCAAAAACUCAGAACUCAUGUGCAGGGGAGGUCAGCCUGGCCCUGCGCACGUGGCCACCAUGCACAGAGCUGGGGUCGAACUUGGAGGUGCAAGCAUGAUUUCAGAAGCUUCUUCUCACUGGGAAGGUGUGGUCACUGAGAAUAAACAGUUUAUG